UUUUUGUAUAUAUCCAGUUAUAUUCCGCUCGUUAAUUAAAAUAACAAAAACUUUAGUAAAGAACAAAUGUAGAAAACCGAAUAAUUCAGACUAAUUCUGUGCCAGUGCCAAUGUUAUUUCGCCACUCCAAUCAUCGCCAAAGUCUCGGGACUCUCCCAAGCGGGGGCAAAACAAUACAAAUAUACACAUAGCAGUGCUGUUUAUCUUAAUUUUACAGGCCAAAUAAAGAUAAGACACUAAUCAGAGACGUGUCCCAGGGGGACUAAUAUAACUCCAGACAAGCAGUAAACUAGUUGGCAUGAUGCCAUCGACGGGUACGGAGCGCACAAAGCUCAGCGAUGUAGGCACAGUUGAGGUACAGCUGGACAGUCUCAACUCCGGCCAGAUGGGACAUCAAAACACAAGCACAAUAGCGCCACACAGGCAUCGGAAGAAUACAUUCAAAUCAAAAGCCUUCAUUAUAGCCGUCACCUUUUCAUCUGUUCUCAUAUUGGCCAUGUGCAUUGGGUUUUUCGUGCACUAUAAACUCGGGGGCAAUCCAGAAGAUGAGGACCAACGGUCAACAUGGGAUGUAGAACUUUCCAAAGAACAACAGACCUGGUACGAUCGCGGCAUGGAGGAACUGGAAGUGGCCAUAAAUCGUGAGAUAAACCGUCGACGUGCCAAGAAUGUUGUGCUCUUUGUAGGUGACGGCAUGGGGCCAAAUACAGUGACGGCGUCGCGCAUAUAUGGCUAUAAGGAAGAGGGUCUACUCGCCUGGGAACGCUUUCCGCAUAUGGGACUGCUGAAGACCUACUGUGCGGACAAACAGGUGCCAGAUUCUUUUUCCACAGCCACAGCUCUUUUUGGUGGUGUGAAAACAAAUUACGAGACGGGAGGUGUGGAUUCGUCCGUCUCGUUGGCCAAUUGUAGUGCCUCCUUAGACGAGUCGCAUCACGUGCACUCUAUACUGAAAUGGGCGCAGGAGGAUGGCAUGCGUACAGGAUUUGUGACGACGACGCGUGUUACUCACGCGACUCCAGCUGCGCUCUAUGCCCAUGUUGCAGAUCGGCGCUGGGAAUGUGAAACGGUGAUGCCGCAAUCGGCACUGCAGGAAGGCUGUAUUGACAUUGCGCGCCAGCUGGUGGAACUGCCGACGGGGCGUGGUAUCAAUGUGAUCAUGGGUGGUGGGCGUCAAAUGCUUGUUUCCAAUGUGACUGACACACCCGAGGAUCCAUUAGAUACGUGGGCCGGCCAUGCAACGGAUGGCCGAAAUCUGAUAAAAGACUGGCAGAAUCAGAAGAGCGGUGAUGGCGCUCGUCAUGCAAUAAUACAGAACAAUGGCGAACUUCGGAAUCUGAAUGCCCAGGAUGUGGACUAUGUAUUGGGUAUAUUCGCAAAUGGUCAUCUCAAAUACGAUCAUGAGCGUAAUCUUUCCGAUACGGGCAUGCCGUCAUUGAGCAACAUGACGCUGAAAGCUCUGGAGGUGCUGGGCAACAGUGACAAGGGUUUCCUUCUUGUUGUCGAGGCGGGUAUGGUCGAUCAGGCACAUCAUCGAGGACAGGCGCGCAAGGCUCUUGGCGAGGUGCUGGCACUUAAUGAGGCUGUACAGGCCACGCUGACGCAACUUAAGGACCAGUUGGACGAAACGCUAAUCAUUGUGACGGCAGAUCAUUCCCACUCUCUAACCAUCAACGGUCACCCUGAACGUGGAGCGAACAUUUUAGGUCUGGCGGGAAAUUCCAAGACUGAAGAGACGCCUUACACAACGCUGACAUACGGAACCAGCUAUAAUGGCUUUCAGGUGGACAGCGAAACGUUGCAGCGCGUUAAUCCAGCGCUUAGUGACACCACCGACUGGGAAUACACACAGCAAGCGGCGAUCAACACUAAUGAGAAUCUUCAUGGCGGCUCUGAUGUAACCAUACACGCUCAUGGAGCCAUGUCCUACCUGUUUCAUGGCGUCCAUGAGCAGAGCUAUGUGGCACAUGUCAUCUCGUAUGCGUUAAGAAUUGGACGAUUCCGAGACAGCACAAUUGCCGAAUCACUGGCCGAUUUAAUUCCUCUGUAGUCAUUAGUUUUCUAAAACCACCGUUAUUAUUUGUUCCUCAAUUAUACGAAAGCAAGAAAUGUUAAGAAGACAUUUAAUAUAUACAGUUUUUUCUUUUUUGUUGGAUGGAAAACUUUGAACUUUCUAUUUUCUCCAAUAAAAGAGAAGAGCAAGUUGCCACGCUAUGUUUAUGAAAACAAUUUACUUAUAUUCGUGGAUCCGAAACUCAUCCAUUUCGCAAUAAUCCUGUAUAUCCGUUUAAGCCAUACAGAUCCUGUACCAAUAUGGACACAAAAAAUAUUUCAUUAAAAAUAAUUUUUUAAGUAA